CAGGAGAUGCCAUGUCCGCCGUCACAGGCAGACUGUACUCACCUCUCCUCUCAUUUAGAACUCAUUCUCCAUGAAAUAACAGUAACACGGGGCCUCCAGGAUGGCCAACUCGGGUGCUGUUCAGGUGAAACUAGAACUCGGUCACCGUGCCCAGGUCAGGAAGAAACCCACCGUGGAAGGCUUCACCCACGACUGGAUGGUGUUUGUCCGCGGCCCGGAGCAGAGCAACAUCCAGCACUUUGUGGAGAAAGUGGUUUUUCACCUGCACGAAAGCUUCCCCAAACCAAAAAGAGUUAUCAAGGAUCCCCCGUACAAAGUGGAGGAGUCUGGAUACGCAGGCUUCAUCUUACCUAUUGAAGUUUACUUCAGAAAUAAGGAAGAACCGAAGAAAGUUCGCUUUGAUUACGACCUUUUCCUCCAUCUGGACGGCCACCCACCUGUCAAUCAUCUCCGCUGUGAGAAGCUCACCUUCAACAGCCCAACAGAGGAGUUUCGCAAUAAGCUGCUGAAAGCUGGAGGGCAGCGGGAUCCUAACAAACAAAGUUCAGAAGACUCAAAUGUGAUGGUGAUGCAGGAGGGCUCCACCUCUCUGUUCGGACAGCACAUGAAGCUGCCUUCACUCCCCAGCUCGCUGACAUCCACCUUCUUGGACCAAAAGAAGAGCAAAAGCUUUCACGGGUCAAAGGAUGGCCCCAAAGGAAGCAGCACCACCCUUCUCACCACGGCAACAACCACCAGCACCAACAACAUCAGCUUCUCCAAACUCCACAAACCCUCCAAGGACCACAAAGACAAGCCUCCAAAAGACUUGAAAGAGCCCAAAAGUGCCUUCAGAGACUCUGGCUGGGAAUCCAGCAAAGUCCCCAAAGAACCUUCCAGGAAACCCAAAGAGAACCAGCCACUUAGAGAUAUCAAUCCUAAGAUGGGCUUCAAGGAACCCAAGUCUUUGUCCAAGGGGCAUCGGACUGAGGGGAUGACCCCUGGGUCGGGGCUAAACAAGCGUCUGUCCAGCUCCGACGCUGACGAUCUCGUGACCAAAAAGCGUAAAAAGGGAUUUGCUGAUCCUUCAGGGAAGCAGACGUUGGGGUCAGACGCUCCACAUUUGGAUAAGAAAGUCUUGAAGGAUAGAUCGCAGAUGAGAACAAGUAAACUGCGACCAGAGGUUGAAGAGGCAGAGCGCAGGAAGGUGUCCACACUCCCCCCGUUCCAGGACCUGGGGGACCACAAUGACUCUGAUAUGGAGGACCAGUCCCACAAAUCAGAUUCUGAGCAGCCCAGUCCAGCCAGUUCCAGCUCCAGUUCAGGCUUUGCUCCCACUCACCACAAACGCCAAGUGGUGGACUUCAUCAUCAGGAAAAGGGUGGCUAUUCCUGCCACCACCCACACAGUGCUGGGCCCGCUGCAGUCCGUCAUGCAGGAUCUGCACUCCGAGGACAACGACGAUGAUUCAGAGGAGGACGACGGCAACGACAUGGACUCUGACAUGGAGCGACCGGCACACACACACCACACACACCACCAACGCAGGGUCAGUCUGAGUGAUGGCAGUGAGAGUGACAGCUCCUCCCCCUCACCUCCAUCCCGUCAUGAAGCCCCGCCCUUACUAAAGACUACUAAUAACCAGAUACUGGAGGUGAAGAGUCCCACCAAGCAGAGCAAGCAGGACAAGAACAAAAACAUAGAUUGUGACAAGGCUUACCUGGAUGAGCUGGUGGCGCUGCAUAAAAGACUGAUGACACUGAGAGAGGGCCAUAUACUGCAACAGAUUGUGAACCUGAUUGAAGAGACGGGACACUUCCACAUCACAAACACUACUUUUGACUUCGACCUUUGCUCCCUGGACAGAAGUACAGUGAGGAAGCUCCAGAGUUACCUGGAGACCUCCGGGCUGUCCUGAGGCUCUGAGCAGCUGGCUGCUGGAUCUCUGUCUCCGAGGAGGAUUUCCAUUUUUCACAUAGCUCUUGAAAAAACUCCAACUUUGGAUGCAAUGCAAAAGCCCCACUGUGGCUGUGUCCAGUCGCUGUGUCCAGCCUGCUGUUGCACCGGCUCUCUGAAUGGAGGGGGGGUCCCGCUGCAGAAAGCAGAGCCUGGUGUUGUGGGGAUGAGCCCUGUGGAUCAGGAGAUCACCCAGAAAGCCUUGAAACUUCUCUUGAUUAAAAAAAACGAAAAAGUGGGAAGCUGCGACCCUGUUGCUCUUAAUGAAUGUGCAAAUUGUUACAAUGUAUGUUCCUUGAUUUGUUGUUCAUUGGGACAAAUGCAUGGUCAACAUUGCCUUACAACAUUGUAAGUCUUAUUUAUUGAAGUGUGUGUGUGUGUGUGUGUGUGUGUGUGUGUGUGUGUGUGUGUGUGUGUGUG